UGCAAAAUAAAACAAGGGCUAAAAUUACAGUUUGAUAAAACAACAACGAAUCAAACUGCUGUGGUAUUGUAUAGAGAUGCCUGUUGUUUAGUGGAAUAGAGAAGAAACGAGUUUUAAACAAUAUAGGGCGAAGUUUUGGUGGAUUUAUUGAAAGAACUGUAGCCUACUGUCUUAUGCAUUCGUUGAGAUGGCGUUUGCAAAACCGUGGUCAACGUGGGGAAGUAUGGUUGCUGAUGUAAGUGACUUGGAACAAGAGGGAAGGGAAGCCAUCGACGGUUCCAAUGGAUCGGUCGAUUACGAUCCAAGUAGUUUCCACUUGGAAGAAAAUGAAGAAAGAACGAUGAUCGAUAAACUUUCACUGGAGGACCCGAAAGUGAAGGAGUUACAAAAGGUUUUAAUGGAGUGGAUCAACAACAGCCUUGUAGAACAGAGGAUUAUUGUUAAAGAUAUUCAGGAAGAUUUGUUUGAUGGACAAGUGCUUCAAAAACUACUGGAAAAACUUGGAAAUAUUAAGCUUCAGGUACCAGAAGUUACCCAAACUGACCAGGGACAAAAAGAGAAGCUGACAGCUGUACUUGAUAAAGUUACUGAACAAGGAAUUGGGGGUUGGGAUGAAGGAAAAUGGAGUGUGGAUGGUAUUCACUCCAAGAGUUUGGUGGCCAUUUUGCAUCUUUUAGUUGCACUGGCAACACACUACCAUGCACCAAUUCGAAUGCCAGAGAAAUGUUCCUUAAAGGUAAUUGUGAUCACAAAAAGAGAGGGAAAACUGGACCACAAAGUUGUUAGCGUUGAAAUCACAUCCACACUCGAGGAGAUGACAGGUGGCAGAUUUGAGCGAGACGCGUUCGACACUUUGUUUGAUCACGCACCGGACAAACUAAGUCUUGUGAAGAGACUUCUCAUAGAAUUUGCGAACCGCCAUCUUGAAAAAGUCAAUCUUACUGUUACUGAUUUGGACACUCAGUUUGCAGAUGGCGUUUACCUCAUUUUACUGAUGGGUUUAUUGGAGGGUUACUUUGUACCAUUAUACGGCUUCAGUUUAACACCAGAGACGUUUGAGGCUAAAGUUCACAAUCUACAGUUUGCGUUUGAACUUAUGCAAGACGCUGGACUCCCUAAACCUAAAGCAAGACCUGAAGAUGUCGCCAACUGCGAGCUCAAAUCCACUCUCCGUGUUCUCUACAACCUGUUCACGAAAUACAAGAGAUUGUGAUGUCAUAAUAAAAACUACGAUACCGCUUGGUGAUAUAUGACGUCACAGGCCCUUUAACCGACGACAUUUUUUUAUAUGAAUGAAGUUUAAGUUUAAAAUCAUGAAAUAUAAUACCGUCUUUUUAUUGUUUGUAAAUAUACAGUGUUUCUGAGGAUAGUAAAGAUGGGGAAAAUGGGACACCUUUUUUAUUCGAUUUUCUUAUCGCAUUUGGUAGUAAACAAAGAACAUUUAAAUAUUUAUAAAACCAUAUCCUUACGACUCCCAAAGACCGUUGUUAAUUGUUAAACGCGAUCACGUUAUUCAGAUAUUAUGAGCUAAAGGUGUCCCGUCUUACCCCACCGGUACUAUAUGUACAUCAUAUAAACUUUGUUACACAGAAUAUAUAACGCCGCACUAACUGUA